UCUCUCUCUCUCUCUCUCUCUCUCUCUCUCUCUCUCUCUCUCUCUCUCUCUCUCUCUCUCCCACUCCUGUGUGUUUUACUCCCAACACCAGACUUUGAGUCACUCUCCGGUCACCAUGUCGUUCCUGUACGCGGUGUUUGCGGUUCUUUUGUUAUUUCCGGUCCUCAUUCAUGUCCGUUGGCCGUAUUUAAUGCACGACGUGCUGUUUGUGCUGAAGGGAGUGAGUGUGGCGAUGAAGCUGAGGAGGUUCCGCAGCUCCACUCCGUGCUACACCAUCCUGGACCGCUUCUUAGACGCGGUGAACAAACAUCCUGAGAAGUUGUUCCUGGUGUUUGAAGGUCGCUCCUACACGUACAGUGAGGCAGAUAAACUGAGCAGUAAAGUGGCGAGGGCUCUGAUCCAUCACACCGAGCUAAAGGAAGGAGACACCGUGGCUCUGUUCCUCGGGAAUGAACCCCACUUCGUCUGGAUUUGGCUCGGACUCAGUAAACUGGGCUGCACCGCUGCGCUCCUCAACUCCAACAUCCGCGCCAAGUCGCUGCUGCACUGCUUCACCUGCUGCGGGGCAAAAACCCUCAUCACUGGUGCAGAUUUACAGGAAGUGGUGGAGGAAGUACUUCCUGUCUUGAAGGAGCAGGACGUGCGGGUCUUCCUGGUGGGUGAAAAUUGUGAGAAGGACGGAUUUAUAAACCUCAGCGAGAAAAUAAAUGCUGCAAGUGACGAGCAACUACCACGCUCACUUCGCUCCAGAGUCACCAUGAAGACCCCCGCACUCUACAUCUACACCUCAGGGACCACUGGUCUUCCUAAAGCAGCUGUGAUCAACCAUGAGAGGGUAUGGAUGGCCUCCUACCUACAGAGAAUGUGCGGUGUCUGUUCUGAUGAUGUCAUCUAUGUGUACCUGCCCCUCUACCACAGCUCUGGCUUCCUUAUGGGUCUCACUGGGGCAAUAGAGCGCGGAAUCACAGUGGUGUUGAGGAAGAAGUUCUCAGUGUCUCAGUUUUGGACUGAUUGCAGGAAGCACAACGUGACAGUGAUCCAGUAUAUCGGAGAGAUCAUGCGCUACCUCUGUAACACACCCAAGACGGAUGGUGAGCGUGUACACAACGUACGUCUCGCUCUUGGAAACGGUAUCCGUGCCGACACUUGGGUGGAGUUCCUGCAGCGAUUUGGAGACAUGCGUAUCUGUGAAUGCUACGGAGCGACAGAAGCAAACAUCGGACUUGUCAACUACGUCGGGAAAAUAGGUUCUGUUGGACGGGCGAGUGUGAUGCUGAAGCGACUUGCCGGUUAUUCAUUCAUUAAAUAUAACUCUGAGAGGGAGGAGCCGGUACGAGACUCCAGGGGAUUCUGUGUGGAGGUUUCUACUGGAGAAACAGGCCUGCUGGUGGGAAAGAUCACUAAAAUGGCUCCGUUUAAUGGCUACGCUAACAGCAAGCAGCAAACAGAGAAAAAGAAGCUGAGGAACGUGUUCAAACAUGGAGACGUGUACUUUAACACAGGAGACCUAAUGAAAGUUGAUGAGCAAGGCUUCGUCUACUUUCAGGACCGCAUCGGAGACACGUUCAGGUGGAAGGGUGAGAAUGUUGCUACUACUGAAGUGGCUGAUGUUUUGGUUAUGGUGGAUUUCAUAGAGGAGGCUAAUGUCUAUGGAGUCAGAGUGCCAGGUCAUGAGGGCAGAAUAGGAAUGGCUGCUAUCAAGCUGAAGGAGGGGUGGAACUUCGACGGCUCGAUAGCGUACAAGCACGUUGAGAGCUACCUGCCCGCCUACGCAAGACCACGUUUCAUUAGGGUCCAGGACAUGUUAAACAUCACAGGCACCUACAAACAGGUGAAGCUGCAAUUGGCUGAGGAGGGAUUCGACCCCAAAGCCAUCAGCGAUGAGAUGUACUUCCUGGACGACAGAAAGAAAAUCUAUGUUCCCAUGACAGAGGACAUUUUUAACUCCAUAUACAACGGACAUUUCAGAUUAUAAAACAUAACGCACACACACACACACACACACGCACACACACACACACACACACACACACACACGCACACACACACACACAUGCACACACACACACACAUACACAUGCA